AUGUACUAUUUUUGCAGCAUGGCCCGAUUGAGAGAAGAUGUAUCUGGUGGUAAAGAGAGGUUUAGGCGGCGAAUCAAUUAUUCUCGUAGAGAGUCGCGUCGUUCAUCACAAGUAGUUGAAAAUGGUUCGGGCAGCCGCAUUGCUAGUAGAGGGCUAACUUUUCUUAGCCCUUGUAACCCAAAUCUUAGAACAGAGGAUGCUUUGUCUUAUUUGAAGGAAGUGAAGGACACGUUUCAAGGCAAAGUGAAGUAUGAAAUGUUCCUUGAUAUUAUGAAACAUUUUAAGGCUCAAAGAAUUGAUACAGUUACUGUCAUAGAAAGAGUGAAAGAUUUGUUCAAAGGGUACCCUAGGUUGAUCAUUGGAUUCAACACUUUCUUGCCCGAGGGAUAUACGAUAACUCCCAAUCAAGAAGAUAAGCCUCGAGUUGAAUUUGGAGAUGCUGUCAACUUUGUGAACAAAAUAAAGACACGAUUCCAAAAUGAUGAUCAAGUCUACAGAUACUUCCUAGACAUCUUGAACGUGUAUAAGAAAGAGCAUAAGGGAAUCGAUGAGGUGUACCGAGAGGUUGCCAUACUUUUCAAUGGCCAUCCAGAUUUGUUAGAUGAGUUUACUAGGUUCUUGCCAGAUACCAACUACAAAGAGGAUCUAAGCAAGCAGCAGCAUACUGGUAAAAUGAAUUCUUUUGGAAAGUUUGAAGAUGACCUGAAAUCUUCGUAUAGCAAAGUGUUCAUUUUCUGUGAAAGGGUAAAGGAAAGACUACAAAGUCCAGCUGAUUAUCUGAAAUUCUUAAGAUGUCUCCAUAUUUACGGCACUGAAACGAUCGCAAGGAACGAGUUACAAAGUUUGGUUGCUGAAAUACUUGGAAAAUAUCCUGAUCUUAUGGAGGGUUUCAAUGAAUUUCUGGAUCUUUAUGAUCGAGUUGAUACAUAUACAAAAGGGUUCACUUUCUGUGAAGAGGUAAAGGAAAGACUAGGAAGUCCAGCUGAUUAUCAGACAUUCUUGAAAUGUCUUCAUGAUUACAGCAGAGAAUUAAUUACAAGGGAGCAGUUACAAUCUUUGGUUGCUAAAGUACUUGGGAAACAUCGUUGUCUUAUGGAGCAUUUCAAUGUAUUUAUAGAUCGUUAUGAACGAGCUGUUGGAUUUCUUGUAGGUGUAAUGACUAAGUGGAAUGAUCCCAAGUUAGUAAAGAAAGAAGAGAAGAAGUGUAAAACUGAGGCUCCUUCAACUUAUCAAGUAAAACAAGAAACUGAAGCUCCUUCAACUUAUCAAGUAAAACAAGAAACUGAGGCUCCUUCGACUUAUCAAGUAAAACAAGAAACUGAGGCUCCUUCAACUUAUCAAAUAAAACAAGAAAAUGAGGCUCGUCCACCGGGAAUUAAGUUUGAAGAAGCUGUCAGUUUUGUGGAGAAAGUAAAGGAACGUCUCCGACAGGACAACCAUGUGUAUAAAUCAUUUUUGAACAUUUUGAGGAUGUACAACAGGGAGCACGAGAACAAAUAUGAUGUCUAUCAUAAGAUUGCUAUACUUUUCAAGGAUCAUUCAGAUUUACUUGAUGAGUUCGCUAAAUUCUUGUCAGAUUCUUCAGCUGAUUUCAUGCUUAGGGAACGUAUUGAUCAGUUAACCAUCCUCUUUAGUUCCUUAUAAUAGUGUGAUCUGUAUUACUAAUGCUUGUGAAGGAGUUAAACUUGGAAAGAUUGAUGGGUUUCUUGGAAAUUUUUGUUCUGUUUCGAAUGCUAGAGAUUCAGUUUUAUUGGCAAUGUAAAAUGUUGGUACUAUAUGGGGUUUAUUUUUCCGAAUGA